UUGGAGAGAAUGAGAGGAUGAAAUUCUUUUUCUUAGGAUGAAGGCAGAGUUAGUGUCGUGAACAAAGGAUGGUAAUCAAGCAUCGCGCAUCUGUGUUGGCAUAUUGUAGAAGGAACAGCUCUCGUCGUUGUAUGCCCUAUAGGUGGUCUCUAAGGAUUACGCAUUGGGUGGGUCCAACCGGCGAAUGUGGGAAGUGCAUUAGACUGCCUCCUUCCUGUGUUGAGGUUGAUUUGAAGGGGAGCUUUUCAAUGAGAGCUUUAUUUGGAAACUUUUUGGGUGAGCAUUAGUAUGCCGGACGCAAUGGGAGCUGGGUGGUUGCUUGUGGGGGAUUGCGCUCUUCUGUAUGCAGAGAUGCCCGUCCAGCAAUUGAGAGGAACGAGCUUGUCAGUGAUUGAGAAUAUUCUACAGACCGCAAGGCCAGAUGAUGAGUCUGUUGAGUCGGUUCUUGCGGCUUCAACUUCAGGAAGACUGGACUCUGCAUUCUGGGAUGGAAGGCGGAAGAAGCGAAGGCAUGCUUGGUCCUUACCUACUGGUGUGCUAUAUUUGGUCAAUCGGUCACUUGACUUCGUGUAUAGCGAGUUGGAGCAGGGGAGAAAGUUAGAAGAAAAUAUUUCAAUUGAUUUGAAUCAUUCAGAACUUGGGGCUUCAAUGUGUGCAGUGUCAACCUGUUUUGAGCAAGGGAGAUUAGGGGAGAACAAGUCAAUCCUCAUGUCAACCUCUCACAAAUUGGACGCCAGCAACAGUCUGACUACGAAUUACGUCAAUAAUCUCAAUGGAGAUGAAGAAUUUACGUGCAAUACAUCUCAUGCCAUACUUCCAGCCUCCAGGCUUUCGACAUGUUUUUAUUUGGCAUCUGUUGGGGAUCCUACUCUUGAAGUGGAGUUGGAGCAAGAGAAAGAGACUAGGAAGAUGUCGGAGACUUUUCUUGCCAAUUUAAGGACUGGAGAGAGAUUGUUGCGGUUGCAAUCCAAGAACACAAAAGACAAUCUCUCUCUCAGUAAUACAUACAUUACCAAUUUAAGGGGACAACACUCUGUAAGACUGGAAGCUGCCCUGCCGUUUUGGAGCUUUGGAAACAUCUCUAAAAGUUUCACCACCGAUUUCCAACAAAAUCACGAGUUCUGCCUGAAGACUCAGCAUCGGAUUAGUGAACGGAACACUCUCAGGACUGCAUUUAUAAGAAGUCUUCACCACAAUAAUCAGAUGAGUGUGGAGUUGAAGCACGUUGCACAAGGAACUAGAGACGUUGCAGUGAAACUCAUGAACAACUUGCAUGGCACUACGCAAUUCAAAGUGGCCGUUUCGCACAUCAAACGGGCAAACUGCUGGGGAUGGACAUUCAGAAAGGUCUCAGGUGAGGCGCAUUCGAUAGGACUGGAGUGGAAGCGUGAAAUUUCUACUGACAAUUUCCUCCUAAUCCGCACAUCUACUCAAGAUGGGAAUUCCAAUGUGUUUGCCGAGUUGCGCAGGCCAUUGUAAAUUCCCUUAGACUUCUGUAUUUUUAUGUUGGCUAAAUUGAUGCUGGGGGUUUCAUCCCCAAGCGUCUAAGUCUAAGGGGCUCAAAGAGACCAAUUCAAUUGUGAUCUACUCAUAUCAUCACGAUGCAAUUUAUACUAAGUACAUGCUUUGUGCAACAAGAACGUCAA